CAAAAGAAGCGUAGAAAAUAGAAAUACAAAAUUGAGCUUGGAAACUGAGAGAGAGAGAGAGAGAUUGGGAAAAAUAUGGAAGAAGCACAGAAGUACGUAUGGGAAGGAGCGAUUCCGCUUCAAAUUCAUCUCCAUGAAUCCGAAGUCACCACUCUCCCUACUCCUCCGCCCGCACUGAUCUUGGCUCCCCGAAUUGGAUACUUACCUUUGUUGGUUCCUCAAAUAAAGCCCCAUUUCAGUAACGCGCUCCCUCCUGGCUCCCCUGACACCGUUUGGUUCGACUACAAUGGCUUGCCCCUCAAAUGGUAUAUACCAACAGGAGUUCUUUUUGACCUUCUAUGUGCUGAACCAGAAAGACCUUGGAAUCUAACAGUACAUUUUAGAGGAUACCCAUCAAAUAUAUUAGUCCCGUGUGAAGGUGAAGAUAGUGUAAAAUGGGGCUUUAUUAAUUCUUUGAAAGAGGCAGCAUAUAUAAUCAAUGGAAACUGCAAGAAUGUCAUGAACAUGUCUCAACCUGAUCAGGUGGAGCUUUGGCGCUCUGUUUUAAAUGCAGGUAAUUUGGAAGCCUACGUACGGAUAUCAUCUAAACUUAAGCUCGGAACAGUUGGAGAUGAAUACACAGAUAGUGGUGGACAAGGACAAGUCAAGACAGGUAGAGUUCCAGUUCGAUUGUAUGUUUGGAGUGUCAGUGAGGAUUUUGAUGAUCUAGAAGAUGCACCUCAAAUUGAUAGUUGGGACAAAAUUUCUUACAUAAAUCGGCCUGUUGAGAUCCAUGGAGAAGAAGGUAAUUACUUCACCUUACAAGAUGCAGUAAAAAGUAUUCUUCCUGAAUAUUUUCCAAACAAAUCCUCAACAAAUGAGGAAUCAUCAAGAGAUGAAGACGAGAAUGAACAGAAGGUUCCUUCAGAAGAGGGGGAGAAAUAUUUGAGUGAAAAUGUGGAGUCUUUCUAUCCAUCUGAUAAUGUUGAAAUCAAGCUCGUCCGUAUCCAGGGGAUUGAACCCAAAAUGGAAAUACCCUUCUCUUGGGUAGUGAAGAACUUAACGAAUCCUGAGCAUUAUCUUCAUAUUUGUGUGUGUCUGAAAGUUCCACAAGUACUAUAGAUAACAUUUAUAUUAAUUGGCCAAUUAAACAGGGACAUAGAUGGGAUGGCCAACCCAAAUUCUUUGAAUUUAAUUAUCAAAGUAGGCCACACAAUUGGAAUAGCAUUCUCAUAUUUAUUCCUUCCCAGAGGUACCUAUGAUCUCUACUUUAUCAUAGGGAGAGAGGCACACUUGUCUACAAAAGCCUAUGUUGUUAUUUGGUGACCACAAAAGCAAUUGCAUUUUAUUUUUUUGUAUAGAAUUGUACAGUUGCAUUAUCAAUGUACAGAUAAUCAUUUAUUUCUUUU